UAGGGGUUGACAUCGGAAGUGCUUGCUGUCAUGGUCUAUAAUCACAUAUGCACAUGGCUGUAGGUGGACAGCAGGGGCACCGACCUGGUGCUUUAAAGCAACAGAAUAAGCCGCAUAAACCUGGGCGGCAUCGAUCUAAGGGCGAGCUUGAGCGAGAUACUAAAGGAAGAGUAUCUGUCAAAGUGCUUACUAAAAAGCUGAAAAAAGAUUUGAGUAAGCUGGAUCGGAGGCACAAAUUGAACCAGAUUCGCGCUCAGAAAAAAGAUGCCGUUCUUGAAGAGAAGAGGAGCUUGGGAAGUAAGGAUGGUCCCCCACAUCUGGUAGUGGUUGUCCCACUGCAUGUCGGAAUCAGUACUGAUGGUGCUGUGAAACUCAUUCGAAGUGAGGAAAAUGCACUUGUGCAUGAAAAUGAGUAUGCCAAGGAGACCUUUGGGCUUGCCUUUCCACGAUUCAAACAGAGGUUUUGGUUUGUCACAGCAAACACAGGGAGACUUCAUGAUUUGUUGGACCUUGUUAAAGUAGCAGACACUCUUCUGUUUCUUCUGGACCCCCAUGAAGGCUGGGAUACUUACGGUGAUUACUGCCUGUCUUGUAUGUUUGCACAGGGGCUUCCCACCCAUGUCCUAGCUGUCCAAGGUAUCGGUGCACUGCCAGUCAAGAAGAGAAUGGAUGCAAAGAAGACUCUGAGCCGUGUAAUCGAGAAGCGCUUCCCAGACACCAAGCUGCUGAAUCUGGACACUGAACAGGAAGCUGUUCUUCUCUUGAGGCAUAUUGCAGAACAGAAACAGCGGCAUAUAGCCUUCCGCGAUAGAAGAUCGUACCUUCUGGCACAAGAAGCAAGCUUCACUCCUGGUGAUGAGAGCGGACUUUUGGGAACUUUAAAGGUUUCAGGGUAUGUGCGUGGGCAAACCCUGAACGUUAACAGUCUGAUACACCUAGUGGGUCAGGGGGACUUCCAGAUGAGUCAGAUAGAUGCACCACCAGAUCCUAUUCCUCUGAAUCCCAGAGUGACUAAAGUACUGCGGAGGAAAACUGGCGAUGUGGAAAUGAAGGACGAGUUAGCGGAGGGUGCAGCAGAAAUGGAACAGGAUAUAAAAGUCCUGAUGACAGCAGACCCCACUAAACAGGAGUCCCUUCAAACAGAGGUGGUUCCAGAUCCCAUGGAAGGGGAGCAGACAUGGCCAACUGAAGAAGAGCUCAAGGAAGUGGAAUCAUCCCUAAACAAGACUGUAAAGGUUGUAAAAAGGGUACCAAAAGGAACAUCUGAUUACCAAGCAACAUGGAUCCUUGAUGAGAAUGAUGAAGAGGAUGUGGAAAGCAGUAGUGAGGAAGAUGAACAUAUGGAUCAUAUGGAAGAAUUGACCUCUGAGGGUGAUGAUGUGGACAGUGAAAAGGAGCUUGAUGAAUGUGAGACUAUGACUGUUGCAGAGAGUGUACGAGAUGAGCAGUAUGAUGACAAAAUUAAUGAAGAGGAGGAGAAAGAUAUGCUGGAGAAGUACAGACAGCAGAGAAUGGAAGAGAUGUUUCCUGAUGAGAUGGAUACACCCAUGGAUACUCCUGCUAGAAUAAGAUUUCAGAAGUAUAGGGGGUUGAAGAGCUUUAGGACCUCCCCCUGGGAUCCAAAGGAAAACCUCCCCAGGGAUUAUGCCCGGAUUUUUCAAUUCCAGAACUUCUCUAGAACUCGGAAGCGCAUUUUCAAAGAGAUUGAACUGGAAGAUACUGAAGGAGCAAUGGUAGGCUGGUAUGUGAGCAUACAUAUCUGCAAUGUCCCUGUAUCUGUACUGGAAAAUUUUAAAACUGGAACACCUUUGGUUCUUUUCUCUUUACUGCCUCAUGAACAGAAGAUGACAGUGAUGCAUUUCAUUGUGAGGAGGCAUCCUGGGAAUAAAGAGCCAGUCAAGUCAAAGGAAGAGAUCACUGUCCAUUGUGGAUGCAGGCGUUACAGAACUUGCCCAUUGUAUUCCCAGCACACAUCAGCUGAUAAACACAAAUGUGAGCGAUUCCUGCAGUCUGACACAGCUGUCGUUGCCACAGUGUAUGCACCGAUAACCUUUCCACCUUCUUCUGUACUGAUGUUCAAGGAGCGUAGUAAUGGAAUGCAUGACCUCAUUGCAACAGGCUCUGUUUUGAAAAUCGAUCCAGACCGAAUUAUCGUAAAGAGAAUAGUUCUAAGUGGGCAUCCUUUCAAAAUCUUGAAGAAGACAGCCGUGGUCCGAUACAUGUUCUUCAACAGAGAUGAUGUCUUGUGGUUCAAACCAGUGGAACUUCGUACAAAGUGGGGACGUAGAGGACACAUUAGAGAGCCAUUGGGUACCCACGGCCAUAUGAAAUGCACCUUUGAUGGACAUUUAAAAUCUCAGGAUACUGUGUUGAUGAACUUGUAUAAACGAGUUUUUCCCAAAUGGACUUAUGACCCAUAUGUGCCAGACCCUAUACUGUGGGUAAAAAAUGAAAAUGUUAUUGAGAUGAACGAGGUGAUAUAGGGUAUUGGCAUUACGCUCAUGUACUUUUUUAUGCAGUUUACGUGUCAGAUGUUCUGACUGCCUCAAAGUACAGAUCUCAGAUUAAGGAGAAGAAUGAAGUACCAAAUCACGUCUUUCAUAUUCAUUCUGUUGGAAGCUGCAACUCCAAGGAUCUGCACUUGACACUGGCUUUGAAAAACAUGGGCUCGUAUAUGUAGUGCUUUGUCUCUCAUUACACAUUGAACAUUUAAUAAAAAUAAGUUUAACAAUAGAAACUGCUGGAUGCUGAGUCAUUGUAGCGGUUUCCAUCUAAAUAAGGCACAUAUGUUUCUGGUCUGCAGUUUCUUUGGUGGUGAGCUGGUGUAGCCAGAUUUAAGUGAAUGGAGCUUACAUUUUCCUAAUCUGUGGUGAUACAAGAACUUAAUUAACUUUAUAUUAUUUUUAAUUGGUUCUUCAACAUCUGCAUGCCAGAAUGACAUUGCUUAAUAUACACAGUGUUUGAACAGACGUGACUACACCCAUUUAGAGACGCAAGUUAAAUGCUCUUGAAAUAGUUGAUUACAUUUUUCAGUUUAUAUUCUGUAUUCUGCUUCUGUCCCAUUUCUCUGUGCAUUCUGGAUAUAGAACUGUUAACUUGGUAUAGAGGGAAGCAAGACCACAUCUGUCAUAUUGACAUACUGUUUGAAGUUGUAAGUAGAGAAAAUGUAAUCACAUUUGCUGUCUUAAUUAAAUUAAGUACUGUAGUGUAAUACAAGGUCAAGACAAUGCA